CCCAACUCCAAACCAACAACGCUUCACAUAAAUCCAGCAAGAGCCCCGGCCGGCCGGGUCGUCAGAUAUCCGCCACGCCGCUGACGCCAAAGGAACAGCAACAAGCCUGCAGUGCAGGUUGGUUGCAGUCUUGCAGACAUGGCGGCGCCACCAACAUCGGCACCACGGCGGACCGCCCUGCCGCUGCUGCUGGUGCUGGUGUCUGCUGUCCUCCUCCUCCUCCUCCUCCUCUCCGUCGUCGCCGGCCACGCGACGAGAGCUGUGGCGGCGGCGAGCUCGACGAGAAGCCAAGAGGAGCAGCAAAGAGAUGUGAGUAAGGUAGGCGCCGAGGAGAGGUCGUCGAUGAGCAUGAGCUUCGCGGCGGGCGACGACGAGCGGUGCGGCAGCGAAGGGGUAGGAGGAGGAGGAGAGGACGAGGAGUGCCUCAUGAGGAGGACGCUGGCGGCGCACACCGACUACAUCUACACCCAGGGCCAGGGAGGAGGCCACAGCUAGGCCGGCUAGCGCACCUCCUCAGAUCGAUCGAUGCAUGCCCCACGCCCCAGUCGUCGGCCGGCUUCGUCGUCUGCAUUGCGUGUGGUUCUGUCGUCGUACGUGUUUUGUGCGUGUGUGUAUUAUUAUGUGAGCUUUUCUUUGAACUCUACUAGCUGGUUUCGGUUGAUUAUUAUUAAUUGUGUAUGUGUACGAGCUUGCAGUGCAGCUGGUGAGCGAACUUUGCUAGCUGCGGGCUUCGCUGUUUA